UCAAACUCGAAAACAAUCUUGCAAUCUAUCGGCGUAUCGUUGAAUUGUCGAAUAAUUUGUUUUAUUUAAUAUUUAUUAUAAUAUAUAACUCACCAAAAUGGCAGGAGUGCUAUUCGAAGACAUAUUCAAUGUAAAGGACAUGGACCCCGAAGGAAAAAAGUUCGAUCGAGUCAGCAGAUUGCAUUGCGAAUCAGAAUCAUUUAAAAUGGACCUUAUAUUAGAUAUAAACUCAUGGAUUUAUCCUAUGGAUUUGGGUGAUAAGUUUCGCUUGGUCUUGGCAACGACUUUGAGAGAAAACGGAUAUCCGGACGGUGGCGAAUGGAACCCGUUGGAAACGGAGGGAAACCGUGCUGAUAGUUUCGAAUAUGUCAUGUAUGGAAAGGUUUAUAGAAUAGAUGGUGAUGAAGGUGGCAUGGAACCAUCUGCGAGGUUAUCAGCAUUCGUGUCUUUUGGAGGUCUACUCAUGAGGCUACAGGGGGACGCCAAUAACUUGCAUGGCUUUGAGGUCGACCAGCACAUGUAUUUACUUAUGAAGAAGCUAGCUUUCUAAGUUGUAAGUUUAAGUUAAUACCAUAUUCCCUGAGAAUGAUGAGCUCACAGAUAGGGCAAUUGUAUUUGUUGAAUUGCUCAGAUAUCAAAGAUUCAUAGAAUGUUUGUCUGUACCUAUAUAAGGCACAAACUGCUGUGUGGAUUUUGAUGCAGUUCUGUUUGGUUGAGCUCAGCAGAUAAGCUCAUUAUGAGAAAUCCUAAAGACACUAAAGAGGAAUAAAAUUUUUAGUCUUUGUGUUUUUUAUGAACAAAGACUAUCUGAAGAUGUAUUCAUUGCAGCUGCAUAAAAUUGUUUUAUGCAAUUAACUUGAUGCUAUAAAAGAAAUAAGAAUAUAAUUUGUAUAAGAGUAGAAAAUGUGCCUUGAGCACAAUAAUAUUCUACGAAAAUCCAUAAACAUUUAAAAAAAAAUUAGAUCACAAGGUGGGAUUCAAUCCCCCCCGUCUUUUUGCCAUACCGUGGCAACGCCUAGCCUUUCGGCCACCCAUGAUCCUAGCUCAGCAAUUCAAUUUCUUUUACUCGAUUUUAUAUGCCAAAGGGCAAUAAUUUCUCAUUAAUUAAUUCUCAUUUCAAUUCUAUAAAACUUAAAAAAUUUAAUUUUUGGGUAUAUUAAGAUAUAUCUCCUUAAUUCAAUCAAACUUAAAAUAUGAUUAUGAGUUCGAGUUCUAUGUACUGAGUCAAAUUAUAAUAAUUUUGUUGUGUUCAUUUCAAUUUGCGUUUUGAGUCUGUUCCAUGCAAUUCAAAUGUUUUUUCGCACAACAUUACACGCAUCUUUAUCGCUCUCGUGUCAAAACUAGAUGGCUAUCUCUUUCGUCAGCUUAAUAUGGCGUCGCAAGACGCGCGUGCGUGUAAAGUAUAUGUUUCAUUGGCCGCGA